AUGGAACACAUUAAGCUGACAAACGAAAGCCCAGUUAGCAGAUCUCUAACUAGAGAGAGUAAUGAUUCUAUGGAAACGCCCUCUGAGUCCUCAACCUCGGAUACGAUAUCCAAUUACGGGGAAACGCCUAUAUCCAAUAGCCCAAAUUUACAUCCAUCGAACCCAACCAUCCCAUCUGAUCCCUACCAUCAAUACUACGAAAGCUAUGCAUCUCAAUUCAUUGAUUUUAUGAAAGAAAACCCUACAACCUAUCACGUAAUUUCCCAUUUCAAAUCGCUAUUAUCAAACAACGGAUUCACUUAUCUCAAAGACAACGAACCGAUAAAGGAUCUAAAAUCAGGGUUCUAUUACACAGCAAAAGAUGACCAAUGUUUGAUUGCAUUUAUAAUUGGUGGCACUUGGGAACCUGAGAAUGGAAGUUGUUUUGUCGGUAGUCAUUGUGAUGCUCUAAGUGUAAAACUUAACCCCAGGGGUCUGUUACAUUCACAAAUUGAAGGAUAUGAAUUAUUAGGAGUAGCUCCUUAUUCUGGAAGUUUGAAUAAUUUAUGGUUGAGUCGAGAUUUAGGCAUUGCUGGAUCAAUAUUAAUACGUCAUGAAGAAACUGGGAAGGUCGAAAGAAAACUUAUAAGUUCGCAUCCGCAUCCGAUUGCAUUUAUUCCUCAGCUUGCACCUCAUUUCGGAAUCGAGAAGGAUAGUUAUAAUAAACAGACGGAGAUGGUACCCAUAUUUGGUCAUUCUACUGAAGAGCUUAUCCCUACGGAAGAAGAAAAGUCAAGUAAGUUUUAUAAACGUCAUUCAUUGGCUCUAUUAAGAUAUAUUUGUAAAUUAGCCAAUACCAAUAUCUCUUCAAUUGUUGAUAUUGAUCUUCAAUUGGAUGACAUACAGCCUGCUCAUCGGGGUGGGCUCAAUCAAGAGUUCAUAUACCUGGCAAGUUUGGACGAUAGAUUAUGUGCAUUCGAUUCCAUAUAUGGUUUACUUGAAUUCAGUCAUCAAUUUUUAUUAGGUAACAUGGAAAUAAAAGACUAUGACGGACUUAGUGGGGUAUAUCUUGCCAAUAAUGAGGAAAUCGGAAGUGCGACGAGAACAGGGGCAGGUGGUGGGUUUUUGAUAGAUAUAUUAAGAUCAAUAGUUGCUUCCAAAGCUACUGAAAGGGGAAAUGCUUCUAGAAAGAAGAUUUGCCUGCAUCCAAAAUGUUUAUCCCCUUACAUGUGCUUUGCCAAUGAUCAUAGAGACAUAAUUAGAACUGAAAACCCCGGUAUUUCUUUCGGUCAAGUUGGGAGCUUAUUAGGUAAAAAGUGGAAUGCUUUAACUCCCGAAGAGAAACAUUAUUAUGAAAGUAAAACUCCCAAAGCUGAUAAGAAGAUAUACAAAAAGGAAAAUCAAAUGGAGGAAUUAUUCAAGUUAACCACAAAUACAAUCUUCUUAUCAACUGAUGUAACCCAUGCAUUAAAUCCAAAUUUUAAAGAAGUCUAUUUAGACAAAAACUUCCCAUUGCCCAAUACAGGACCCUCUAUAAAAUUCGAUUCGAAUGGCCAUGUAUUAAGUGAUAGCAUAAGUUGGGAAUUCUUAUCAAGAAUUGUGAAUACAUAUCUACCAGGAAUUAAAUUGCAACAAUUCCAUAUUAGAAAUGAUUCUCGAUCAGGUGGAACAAUUGGUCCAAUUAUGUCAAAUGGUAAUCGAGGUCUUAAUGGUGCCAAAAUGAUAAUUGACGUUGGAUUGCCGAUUCUUAGUAUGCAUUCAAUUAGAAGUAUUAUGGGAUAUAAAGAUGUUGGUAUUGGUGUUAGGUUCUUUAAGCUGGUAUUCGAACAUUGGCAAUCUACUAUUCUGAAAAUGGAACAAUUUAGCGAGACUAAUGUCGCGGUCACGUGA